AUGCAUCGGGCAAGAUGGCCUGCCGUGAGGUACGAGACACUGCACCUUCAUACAGUCGCGCCCUGCCACGAUGUUGUUGUUGCCGAGUUGCAUGAGGUCUAGUGCUAACAUGCAAUAGCGGCCUUGUCUUGGGCACAGUCCUUCUAUCACGCUCCGCACAGACGACAUUCGCAUUCGAUAAAGCCGUCCACACCGGAAUCGUCACAUUACUCUGCGCCGGAGUCGCAACAUUGGGACUGAGCAAGUGGCUGGGAGAGGGAGAUGGCGCACAAUCGCACAAAGGACAGCGGUAUGAGGCAGUGCCUCUGAAUGACGUGGGAGAGCCACACGCUUCCAGACAGCCAAGCCCAGUUCGUAAUGAGGUGGAAUACCCAAGCAGUCUGCGCAAGCAGCAGAUAUACAUCGUCCUGCUGUCUUUGCUCCUGAGCCUGAGGGUCGAGCUGAUGCGAGAGGUCCUAAGGAACGUACAAUGCUCUUCGUUGAACUGGGAGCCUUGGGUCCCUGUCGCGAUCGCGGCUUGGGACUACUGGACCGUUCAGAGGAAGAAGAGAUGCCCAGACUUUGACGAUGAAGGCGCCAGUGUCUAUGAGACCCUGGAGCAGUCUGUCGUGCGGGCGCCGUUCUCACUCCUGGCUAUGGUUUCUUUGUCCUGCGCUGGUGGCAUGCUUGCUCUUGCUUCGACCAGUAGCCCCAAGUCCACCUUCAUAUGUGCUGCCGGCCUUCCAUAUCGGUGGAUGGUCCCACUGCUACAGCACCUGGGGACUGUUGUCGAUGUCCUCGUCAUAUUCUGCAUCGCAAAGCUGUUGACGCAGCAGGACAGCCGAGGACCUCGUAGCCCGUCCUCCAAAAUUGCAUCGGUUGGAUAUGCACUGCUGGUCCGUCUCCCGUUUCUCCAUUUCACGGCAUUCGCUGACUUCUACUCAGCUUUCCGCGGCUACAUUGCUCAUCAUUGGCAUUGUUUACUUUAUUGUACAGGACUCGGAUCGCGAUUGGAUUUUGACGAUACCCCAUACGUUCUUCUGGAGCGUUUUGAAAUUGGAAUGUUAUGUUUGUUUUACGGCACUUUGCGCAUUUUUACUAGUAGGUCUUGGGCUUGAGACUUCCCUGCCGCAAGACAAGAAACUAACUGAUCUGCCAUUAGAUUCUGGACGUUGGCGUCAUGACGACGACUCUGCUGACGGCUUUCACGGCUCUUACGACCAUCACAACCACUGCCGCGUGGCAGAACGCUCAUCCAUUCCCUCCAGCACCCUUCGGUCUUGCCUAUCUUGGCGUCUGUCUGGCCAUUCUUGGCUUCAUGAGCUAUUUCCAUCUGGAAACCAUUUCCGACGGCAGAAACAGCAGACCGGGUCGGGUGCUAUUCCAGAGAGUACCGUCUCUGUUUUAUCUUGGAAUGCUGGUGCUCUUUUUCCUCUGGAGCGGCAUGUGGGUGUCUUAUAAGAGAGACGUGAGCUUUCACCCUAUCGACAUGCUGAUCUACGAGGCCGAGGAACAGCAUCAGGCAUAUGUCAACGCGACGGCGCGCAGCAUAGAUCUCUCUGGUGCUGUGAGCGAGUAUCAGAACCGGUAUUCGAGGUUACCACCACCCGGAUUCGACCACUGGUAUAUGUUUGCCAGGCAGCGCAACUCUACUGUCAUUGAUGGUUUCGACAGCAUUGACUAUGAUCUACUCCCUUUCUGGGCACUCGCUCCGGCCGAAAUCAGACAGCGAACUUGGGAACUGAUCUCGAACCCCUGGAACGACGCAGCAGGCAUCAGCGUUCGCAAUGGCAAGGUCUCUGUCAUGCCCAAUGUUGUUCCAACGCACAUGUGGAUGCUCGAAGGCCUAGUAGAGAUGAUUGGAGAGUUCUCCAGAUGGCUACCCGAUAUGGAUCUUGCUUUCAACAUCAACGAUGAGCCGAGAGUAGCAUUGCCGUACAAAGAAAUCUCGACCUUGCGUAGCAUCGGCUCUGAAUCAACAAUUCAGUUGAGCGUUGAGCCAGAAGACCGGAACUUCUCAACAGAUCGAGCGGGUCAAUGGAGGCCUGUCCCGGAGGAGCCAAACCCAGAGACUCCAUUGCAAGAGCUUUCGUGGGCACCGACUUUUCAUCGAUACGGGAGCAUUGGAUGCCAUCCAGAUUCUCCGGCACGAAGCCAGCGACGGUGGGAUGUAGGCAGCCUGUGUCUGUCUUGCAUAUACUCGCAUUCUCUCGGCGCAUUCAUAUCAGACUGGAGCAAGGCUUCAGAUGUUUGUCAACAGCCGGAUCUUGCAGACAUCCAUGGUUUCUACAUGUCGCCUGCUGCCUUCAAAGGGAGUCGCGAGCUCUACCCUAUCUUCUCUCAGUCGAAAGCGAAGGGCUUCAACGACAUUCUAUAUCCCAGCGCUUGGAAUUACAUCGAUAAGGCAACCUACUCCCCCAGCGAUGAAAACCCCGACAAGGCCUUUAAAGAAAAAGAGAACAAAUUGUUCUGGCGCGGAGCGACGUCCGAAGGUGUCUCUAGUGGCCGCGGUCAAUGGAGAGGCAUGACGCGUCAAAGAUUUAAUCAUCUCGCCACCGAUAUCAAUGGAACUACAGCAGCUCAGCCGAUUAUGAUCCCGACCGGGAGCGGCAACAAGCUUGAAUACAUCAACCUUCCCAUCUCGACGCUCCAGAAGCUCUUACCAACCGACGUGCACAUUGUAGACGCCAUUGCGCGCUGCGCAGCUGAGGACUGUCCCAUCCAACAUCACGAAUUCUCGCCGCUCGCGCCACCGAUCGAUUUCCAAUCACAUUGGCAAUACAAAUACCUCCUCGAUCUCGACGGCGCGGGCUUCUCGGGUCGCUUCCUCCCAUUUCUGCACUCCCGUAGCGUGGUGUUCAAAUCUGCCCUCUUCCGCGAAUGGUGGGAUGACCGCCUGACGCCCUGGGUACAUUUCGUGCCCCUGGACUUGCGAGGCCAUGGCUUUUGGGCGACGCUUGCAUACUUCACGGGUAUCAACAGUACGAUCGACGGCAUCGGCAAGGUCGAAAUUCCGGCGAAGACGCGGCAAGGAGAGAGGAUCGCGGAGCAGGGACGUGAGUGGGCCGGCAAGGUCUUGAGGAAGGAGGAUAUGGAGAUUUACUUCUUCCGGCUUCUGCUGGAGUGGGGACGGUUGACGGAUGACAAGAGGGAUUCGUUGGGGUUUGAAGGGGCUUGA